GGGGGGAGCCCGUCACGGCUAACGGACGCGCUGAGGAGAGCAGCAGAUCACAUUCUUCGGUCGUCGAACCGCGAUAUCCCGGACAGAGUCAUGGACUUCUGACUAGGCUGUUGACUCAAACGACUCCCCCAAAACAUUAUUUACUCUAAAGCGUAGUAUCAUUUUCAUUUAACGGUUAUCCAUGAGAUUCUUCAGGCUUACCUUCAAGUGCUUCGUCGACUGCUUUUGAAUCUCCUCUUUCAACGGCUGAACGGACCGCGGCGCUUUGUGACAUUUUACCAUCUCUUGGCUGAGCUGAGGGGUUCCAACGUGUGAUAUAAAAAAAAACUGAGAUUUUUUUCUAUUUCAGCAAGAAGAAAUAACUAACUCAAAAAAAAGAAAAUCACAAAGACGACCGGAGCACUGUACAUAGUGGUUACAUCUCUGGCUGCCACUCUGAGCCCUGCCGCUGCCCUCUUUAGCCGGGCAUUGUUAAAACUUCGGCUCCCCCCUUGACUGAAAAAGAGAACAAAAACGAGCUCUUGUGAAAUAUAAAUUAUUUUUGUGCCGCUAUCCAAGAAUAUGUCCCCAGAGUUGGAAGAGAACAGCCAAGGUGAUAUCAGUGUCUCUCAGUUGGAGGCAGGGGCUCUGUCUGAGGAGGAGUGCGGGGGGUCAGCUCGCCCCUUGGUGCCGGUGCCUGGUGCAGGACCGGGCUGUGGUGAGAACAGGGGAGCAGGCCCUCCACAGAGCCAGGAUGGGGCUGCAGCUGCCACUGGAAAUGGGGCUGUUUCAGGACCAGCUGUGGAGAGAGAAACCUGGACCAGACAGAUGGAUUUCAUCAUGUCCUGCGUGGGUUUUGCUGUUGGAUUGGGAAACGUUUGGCGGUUUCCUUACCUUUGCUACAAGAAUGGAGGAGGGGUUUUCCUGAUCCCUUACUUGCUGAUUGUGUUCAUUGGGGGCAUCCCCGUCUUCUUCCUGGAGAUUGCACUGGGCCAGUUCAUGAAGCAGGGGGGGGUCUCUGCAUGGAAUAUUGCACCACUCUUUAAAGGUCUGGGCCUGGCCUCAAUGGUGAUUGUGUUCUUCUGUAACACAUAUUACAUUAUGAUUCUGGUGUGGGGCCUCUACUUUCUCUUCCACUCUUUCACAAACCCACUGCCCUGGGCCACCUGUGGACACCCCUGGAACACCCCUAACUGUACACAGGACUUCAGACGUACUUGCCACAACCGGAGUGCUGCCCAGCCUGCUCUGCCGACAUCUGCUGCCUCCCCUUCCGACCUCCCCUCCACUGUGUCCAUGCUGAAUGUGUCUUUGCCCCAACUGCUCCUCAAUGGCAGCUGCAUGGAGGCUGAGGGUUUGCGCUCUCCGGUCAUUGAGUUCUGGGAACGCAAAGUACUUCGUCUGUCUGGAGGUCUGCACGAACCUGGUGACAUAAGCUAUGAGAUGGUGCUUUGUCUUGUUGCCACCUGGAUCAUUGUUUAUUUCUGCAUGUGGAAAGGAGUAAAGUCUACAGGAAAGGUUGUGUACUUCACAGCUCUGUUUCCGUACCUGGUUCUGGUGGUUCUUUUGGCCCAUGGAGUCACUCUACCUGGAGCUUUGGAUGGCAUUGUUUACUACCUAAAACCAGACUGGUCCAAGCUUGGAGAAGCACAGGUGUGGAUUGAUGCUGGAACACAAAUUUUUUUCUCCUAUGCCAUCGGACUUGGCGCCCUUACUGCAUUGGGAAGCUACAAUCGCUUCCACAACAACUGUUACCAGGAUGCAUUUGUCUUGGCCCUUAUAAACAGUGGGACCAGUUUCUUUGCUGGUUUUGUGGUGUUCUCGGUAUUGGGUUUCAUGGCUGCAGAACAAGGAGUGGACAUCAGCAAGGUGGCGGAAAGUGGUCCAGGCUUGGCCUUCAUAGCUUACCCCAAGGCUGUGACAUUGAUGCCUCUGGCGCCACUCUGGGCAGCACUGUUCUUCUUUAUGUUGCUCAUACUGGGCCUGGACAGUCAGUUUGUAGGGGUAGAAGGUUUGAUAACAGGAAUCAUGGACAUGCUACCCCCUAAAUCUGCCCUGGGCUCCUUGCGACGGGAGGUGGUUGCUGCCAUCUGCUGCAUCAUCUGCUUCCUCAUUGACAUGUCCAUGGUCACUGAGGGAGGGAUGUAUGUAUUCCAGCUGUUUGACUACUACUCAGCUAGCGGGAUCACUUUGUUGUGGCAGGCCUUCUGGGAGUGUGUUGUUGUUGCAUGGGUUUAUGGUGCGGAUCGUUUCAUGGACGAUGUAGCCCGUAUGAUUGGCUACCAGCCUCUACCCUACAUGAAGUGGUGUUGGUCUUACAUCACCCCCUUUGUCUGUGUAGGAGUGUUCCUGUUUCACGUGGUGAACUACAAGCCCCUGACCUACAACACAGUGUACACAUACCCCAUUUGGGGUGAGGCACUUGGCUGGGCGCUGGCUCUGUCCUCCAUGCUCUGUAUUCCUGUCACUGUUCUCUACAAAUUGCUGCGCUGCAAAGGAUCGUUGCGAGAGCGAUGGCAGCACUUAACCACCCCAGUCUGGGGCAGACAUCACAUGGAGUACCUUGCUCCAGAGAGUGAGGCCAAACUGCUGCCCCCUGCAGGAACCAAGAGUACGCUACUUUUUGAGAGUGUCAUCUGAUGAGCUGAGCACUGACAUCAGCACACACAUACACAAAAACACACCCCCUACACCAGUAAAAUACCAUCUAAACACAGAUUUAAGGCUACGAAAAAUCCCUGGACAAAAGGACCAAAGAUUACACUGGAAAAGAACUGCAACACCCUCUCACGCAUACAAUCGUACUCUCUUCUCCGCUUUCUGACUCUACCUCGCUGCCUUUCCCCUGGCUUUCUGCUGUCUCGUCCAGUCUCGUCCUGUGGGUGUGAUUUGUCUGCCGUAGUUGCAAUAUUUUCCCUCCCCUGCCCUUUCUGUCAGUGUUUCAAAAGACUCAUUUUUCUCAUCUGCCAUCUUGGCCCAAAUGAGCAGAAACCUAAAAGAUUCUGGUUAGAUCACUUCAAUGAAAAAACCCCAUAUCAGCUGCUGAUAUUCCAUAGUCUGAAUGAGUGUGCGUGUGUCGCUGUGUGUAUGCCUGUGCCUGUCUGUUUGUGUGUGGGCAUGUGCAUGUGUUUGUGUGGAGUACCUGUUGGACCGUGACAGUGUUAUCUUCCUUUAGACGUGACAUUGAAUUAAGCAUCCAAAAAUAACUUCCAUUUGUAAAAACAAAAACAUCCAAUCACAAUGAGACAAUGCAUCACAAUUUCCAGCCGUGUAUUAUGAACUAUUUUAAGUAUUCUGUGUAUUGUAGAUCUGUGAAUUAGUGUUAAUAUUUGGAGGGAAUGCUGAUCAUUCUUCCUCAUUAGGAGAAGAGAAACAUCUGAACUCUGUAACAAGCUGGAGACUUGAGUUGUGGGGAGGGGAAAGAGAGAAGCAAUAAAUGACCAGAUGAUGAUGUA